AUGUACAAAGACUCCUUGAAGGCCGAGGCUGAGCGCUCGACAUCAGCCGAGUCCGAACCGGCCUAUGGCGAGUCUACAUCCAGACGAGCAAGCCUGGGCCAUCGGGUAAUAGAAAGUUUCCAGAGAGACCCAAAUGCUCACCUUACGGCAUUCGCGUCCUUUUCUGAUGGCAAAGCAUACGAUAUUGAAAACGCGGCGGAGAAAGCUGCCAACUCCCCGUUGCAACGGAGCCUAAGAGGUCGCCAUCUACAAAUGAUUGCCAUUGGAGGCUCCAUAGGCACUGGUCUUUUCGUUAGUUCUGGAAGGGUCCUUGCUACUGGCGGCCCGGCUUCACUUCUCAUUGCAUAUACGCUGAUCGGAUGCAUGCUAUAUUGCGCCGUGCAUGCACUUGGCGAAAUGGCCGUUAUAUUUCCUGUGGCUGGUUCAUUCGCCCACUACUCGACUCGUUUUAUCGAUCCGGCCUGGGGAUUCGCCAUGGGCUGGAACUAUGCUCUACAAUGGCUUGCCAUUCUGCCAUUGGAGAUUGUGGCUGCAGCAAUCACUGUUGACUACUGGGAAUCAAAUAUUUCCAGCGCUGUAUGGGUAGCCCUAUUCUGGGCAGCAAUUGUUUCCAUCAACCUAUUCGGCGUUAAAGGCUAUGGUGAAGCGGAGUUUGUAUUCUCCUCCGUUAAGGUCAUAGCCGUAAUCGCUUUCAUUAUUCUCGGAGUUAUUUUGAACUGUGCCGGAGGGCCGAAUGGGAGCUACAUCGGUGCCACCUACUGGCGUGACCCUGGUGCUUUUCACCAUGGCUUCAAAGGCCUUUGUGAUGUUUUUGUAAAUGCUGGGUUUGCAUUUGCAGGAACCGAGUUGGUUGGUCUUGCCGCUGCCGAAACUGCCAACCCUCGCAAGUCUCUACCCACCGCUGUCAAGCAAGUCUUCUGGCGUAUUUCGCUCUUUUACAUUGUCUCGCUAACCCUAGUUGGGCUUCUGGUUCCGUAUACUGAGCGCCGACUAAUCGGGACAUCUACCAUUGACACCAAGGCAUCCCCAUUUGUCAUCGCCAUCAAGAAUGCUGGGAUUGAAGUGCUAGACUCCGUCAUGAACGUCGUGAUCAUGAUUGCCGUUCUUUCCGUCGGAAAUUCAGCUGUGUAUGGUUCUUCUCGGACCCUGGCGGCGCUUGCAGAGCAGCAGCAAGCUCCUCGGUUUCUCGCCUAUAUUGACCGUAAGGGCCGUCCUUUGUGGGCCAUUGCCAUUGCGUCCGGACUGGGCUUGCUGGGAUUUCUAGCCGCCACAGACGAGCAAGAGGUCGCUUUUGAGUGGAUGAUAGCAAUUUCCGGCCUCUCGUCCAUCUUCACCUGGGGUUCCAUUUGCUUAGCGCACAUACGAUUUCGCCGCGCAUGGCAGGUACAAGGCCACAGUUUGCACGAUCUGGCCUUCCGCUCCCAGCCCGGAAUCGUAGGCUCGUGGAUAGGCUUUAUCUUCAACUGUCUUGUUCUCAUUGCCCAGUUCUGGGUUGGGUUUGCGCCGAUCGAUUAUGAAACCAUGUCGUCCCGUAUGCUGGUCCGCAAUUUCUUUUCAAAGUAUCUUGCGGUGCCGGUUGUCCUUCUCUUCUACAUUCCUUACAAGUUGUGGUUUAAGACAAAGAUCAUCCGGGCGAAAGACAUGGACUUGCGGACAGGCCGGCGGGAGUUGAACAUCCAGUGGCUCAUGAAGGAGGAACGAGCGCAACAGGCCGCAUGGCCGAGAUGGAAGAAACUUUAUAAAUUCUUCUGCUGA